CGCCUGGCUGCCCCUGUCUCCAAAUGUGUCUCGGCAAGUGCCUCCAUGACCCAGCAACUGCUGUCGAGUCCGGCCCCACAGCCCCGACCCUUCCGUGUCUGCAACUGGGACCGCAGCCUGCGCAAGGGCAUCAUGGCACAUAGCCUUGCCGAGCUGCUGCACCAGGCUCAGACUGCUCUGCUGGCCCCUGGUCCCAUCUCGCUGGUGCUGGAUGAGGAUGGCACCGCAGUGGAGACAGAGGCUUUCUUCCGGACACUGGAGGAGGGCACGGUGCUGAUGGCCCUGAGCAAGGGGCAGACCUGGGCUGCCUCCAAGACCCCCGGCUACCAGCUGAGCCUGUCCCACAAGCCCCCUCGGAGGAUUGAUGUUGCCCGUGUCACCUUUGACUUAUACAAGACCAACCCGCGGGAUUUGGGCUGUCUCAAUGUCAAAGCCACUCUCUACGGCACCUACAGCAUGUCCUAUGACCUGCGCUGCUAUGGGGCCAAGCGGCUGAUGAAGAAAUCCCUGCGCUGGCCGCUCUUCACCAUGCAGGCCACCGGCCACGUCCUGCUUGGCACCUCCUGCUACAUGCAGCAGCUCCUGGAUGCCACGGAGGAGCCCAAGGAGGCAGAGAGCAGCCCAGCGCCGCAGAACCUGCUCAGCCUCCCGCCCCUGCCCCGCAGGAAGACCCUGCAGUGA